ACUGUGCGAGCCUUUACAGCCUCCUAAAAACGGGUUUAUCAGUGGCAGGAGUUACACGUUUCCGAAUUUUGUUGUGUAUGCAUGUAGAGAAGGAUAUACACUUAUUGGAGAAUCAAAGCGCCACUGCAAUGGAUCUGGACAAUGGAGAGGAUUAGUUCCAAAUUGCCAACGUAUGGAAGCAAUUUUUAGAAAAAUAUCCUUACCACAAUUCUUACCACAAUGCCGGAUAUGCUGUGCGAGGUUCGUCUACGUCUACCUGCCUUUUGCAAGGAAUGUGGUCACAUGACCCUCCAACAUGUCAAAGUAUAAAAUGCGCAGCACCGCCUAGACCAAAGUUUGGUAAAGUAUUUGUUUCGCAAACUCAUGUCCGAAGCGUUGCUCGGUACUCGUGCUCAAUUGGGUACAGGCUCGUUGGCGUCACUCACAGGCAAUGUACACAAACCUCUAAAUUCACUGUCGAAGCCACGUGGAGCGAAAAGUCUCCCAAAUGUAUUCCUGUGAGAUGUUCUACACUUCAUGCUCCACUAAACGGAAAAAUUGUUGGUGACAAUUUCUAUUAUCCACAUUUCGUGCUGUACUCGUGUGACUAUGGAUACCAGAUACUUUCUGGUAACAGCACUAGAAAAUGUAACGAAAUAGGAAAAUGGACAGGCAUUGCGCCCUUGUGCAAAGGUGUUUGUGAAGUUGCAAGAAUUAAUUGUUCUAACGCUGAGAUUUGUGCAGUGGACAGCGACGGCAGUGCAACGUGUAUAUGCAAACCUCGGUCUACUUGUCCAUUAGAUGUCAGACCGGUCUGCGGUUCUGAUGGGCGAACUUAUAUAAACGAGUGUUUACUGGAAGUGGAGGCAUGCCUGUUUGGAUCAGAUUCAUUAAGAACGAUGAGUCAAGGAGUGUGUGAGUUCUCUUGUCAUGUCUGCCAUUCAAAUGCUGAUUGUGUUAAAAAUACCAAUUGCAGCUGCAAACCUCGUUUCGUUGGUGACGGAAGAGAAUAUUUUUUCGAAGAAUUAACCAACCAGGUGGCAUUACUUGGAUCUGCAGCAUGGUUUGAUUGCCAAGAAUCGUGCGAUCUUCCUUUUCGUUCUACUCAAUGGUACUUGAAUGGUCAAAUUCUAGACCACUUAGAUACAAAAUCUAGAUUUGCGAUUUCAAUAAACGGACGAGGACUUUCCAUUACAAAGCUAAAGUUAGAAGAUGCUGGUCAGUAUACAUGCAAGGUGUCCAGCGACAGGCUCACUUACGAACGACAUGGACAUCUGGAUGUCAUCGAUCCAAUCAACCAAUUUCGGCAAUGUCUCAAUGUUCAUCCGAUUGUGGUGAAAGUUGUGCUAGAAAGCCAUUUGUUGCUGGAGGCGACACGACUAGUCCUGGUGAAUUCCCAUGGCAAGCAAUGCUGUGUUCUCCUCGGUUGGGACAACAUUGUGGAGGAGUUCUCAUUUCAGAAAGAUGUGUGCUAACAGCAGCACAUUGCUUAAAGUAUCAGAGCAUAAAUAGAAAGACUAUCACAGUUUGCUUGGGCAAACAUUGUGGCAAUUGCUCCGAAUCAGAUUCUUUAUUCAAUUCCGUUUGUUCCAAUUCUUCGUCGAUAAUCAUACAUCCAAA